UUUUGCUCUCUUUGAAAAGUGUACCUCUACCUACUUAGUAAUUCGACAAACACCAUAGUUAUAAUAAUUCCGUUAAAGUUGGGUUCAUAAUUUUUUGAUAGUAUAUAGGUAAUGUCUUCCAAACAUUUUGACUAUUGCUCGAAAACUCAACUAGAAGAAAUUCUAGCUGAAUUUAACGCUACCGAAAAAUCCAUGAGGGAUGGUGUACAAUAUUUGAAAGAAUGGAUGAAGCAGCAGCCUCAUUUGCCGGAUAUUGAAGAUGAUGAAUGGUUAUUCAAUCUUUUAUUGAGAAAUAAAAAUAGCCUGGAGAUAACGAAAAAAAAGAUUGAUGGAUACUACACAAUAAGAACCCUGAUGCCCGAAAUGUUUCAAGAUCGUGACCCAUGCUCUCAAUAUAUGAUAAAUAUGAGUCGACAAGCCUGCUACCUACCAGUUUUGAAAUUAACCCCUGAUGGAUCCCGUGUGAUAAUAUUUAAAAUAUUUGAAAUCUUGGAGAACAGUGUUGUUGAUCCAGAUGGUAUCAUGAAGCUUUCGCAGAUUGCGAUUGAUAUUAGCCUGAAAUUGGACAAAGUUCGAGGAACGAUUUUGGUUUAUGACUUUCAGAAUUUGUCUUUGAAUUUUGUUGGUGUGAUACUAUCUAACAUAAAAAAAUACAAUGAUUUGACUGCGAAAGCUAACCCUGGUCGUUAUGAGAAGAUUUAUAUCCUCAAUAUGAAAUCAGGCGUGGAACCUAUUAUUCGCUUUGUUAAAACUUUUAUGAAAAAAAAGCUGACCGACAGAUUUGUUAUAUGGAAAGAUGAUCCCAAAAAAUUAGCCACUGUUCUACCGAAGGAAGUAUUGCCCACAGCUUACGGAGGAGACGAGGAAAUAACGAUGGAAGAAUUGAGAGAUAUUUGGUUCGAGGAAGUGAAAAAAUAUCGAGAUUGGUUCAUUUCAGAUGAAAAGAAUAAAGCAGAUUUGAGCAAAAGGCCUGUCGCUAAUUUACAUGAAAACAACGAUGCUAUCAAUUGUGGAACAACAGGAUCAUUUCGUCUGAACUCAAAGAUUUGGAGAAGUUUUGCGUACAACAGAUUGAAAAAUUUGAAGUAAAUGGAAGACGUCGAAAAAAUAUACCUAUACCUAUAUUUAAUAAAUUACAUCUUAAAGAA